UUUCCCUCUAUCUUCUUCUCAAUUAUUUUGCAUAAAACCAACACCAGCUGUUAAAUAAAAUUGAUUCCGUUUCAAAUCAUUCCAAAAAACAUUUCCAAAGAACUUCUUCUUCACUUUACCUUCCUCUCUUCUCCAACAUUUCCUUCAUUCUGGCUGUUGUUUUUUCCCAUGGCCGAGGCUUUAGUAGAAAGCGUGAUUGAAAAUUUGGGAUCUUUAGUUAAAGACCAACUUGCAAUUUAUUGGGGUGUUGAUGAGCAGACUGAGAAGCUUUCCAGCAAUCUGAAAGCAAUCCGUGCUGUUCUCAGAGAUGCAGAGAGAAAACAAAUAACAAGCUAUGCAGUGAAGGAUUGGCUGCAGAAACUCACAGAUGCAGCAUAUGUGCUUGAUGAUAUCUUGGAUGAAUGUUCUAUUCACUCCACAAAGAUGCACUUUGUUGAUGGUCAUACAUCACUCCUAUCCCGUCUCCAUCCUAAGGACAUUCUCUUCCGUUUCCAUAUCGGAAAGAGGAUGAGAGAAAUCACCCAGAGAUUUCACAGCAUUCAUGAAGAAAGGCUCACCUUUGAAUUACGUGUGAGUGUCACAGAAGAGCAAACCGUGGAUGAUGAUGAUUGGCGCCAAACUAGCUCUGUCAUUACUGAACCCAUAUUAUAUGGCAGAGACGAAGAUAGAGAGAAAAUUGUGAAGUUUCUCCUCAAAGAUGCUAAUAACAAUGAAGACCUCACCGUUUAUCCCAUAGUUGGUAUGGGUGGACUUGGCAAAACAACUCUUGCCAAGCAGGUCUUCAAUGAUCACGAGAUAAGUAAACAUUUUGACUUGAGAAUUUGGAUAUGCGUUUCAGACGAUUUCAAUUUGAAGAGAAUACUACAAUCCAUCAUAGAAUGUUGCAUUGGUCAAAAUCCCAACCUUGGUGAUUUAGAAGCAAGGCGGAAAAAGGUCGAAGAAGCAUUGCACAACAAGAGGUAUUUGCUUGUUCUUGAUGAUGUGUGGAACGAAAACCCAGAGAAAUGGAAGGAGUUGAAGGGGAUGUUGGAAUGUGCAAGGGGAGCAAAAGGAGCUACCAUUUUGGUCACUACUCGACUUGAGGAAGUUGUCUCCAUCAUGGGAACACAUUCUGCUUACCGUUUGACAGCGUUAUCAGAAGAUGACAGUUGGUCAUUGUUCAAACACCAUGCGUUUGGACCAAACAGAGAAGAAAGGGAAGAGCUCGUGACAAUCGGCAAAGAGAUAAUGAGGAAAUGCGUUGGUUCGCCACUUGCAAUCAAAACCCUUGCAAGCUGUUUGCGUGAUGAAAGUGAGGUAAGCCAAUGGGAAAAUGUAAAGAAAAGCGAAAUUUGGAAUAUACGAGAAGAAAGUAGUUCUGUGACAGGUGAUGAAAAUUCUAUUAUGCGUGUUUUGAAAUUGAGCUAUUCUAAUUUGAAGUCGUCUGUGAAGAGAUGUUUUUCUUUUUGUGCAAUUUUCCCCAAAGAUUUUGAAAUAGAAAAGGAAGAACUUAUUCAUCUCUGGAUGGCUAAUGGAUUUAUUAAAUGCGAAGGAGAUGUAGAAGUGGAGGAUGUUGGAAAUAAAGUGUGGAGAAAAUUAUAUAGUAGAUCCUUUUUCCAAGAAGCAAAGUAUGAUGAAUUUGGUAUGAUCACAAGUUUCAAGAUGCAUGAUCUAUUUCAUGAUCUUGCCCAAUCUAUUAUGGGUGAGGAAUGUGUGGUUAUUGAAGCUUCAAGUAUGACUAUGUUGUCAGCCAGAGUUCACUAUUCAAGCUUGUUUAGUUCUGACUUCCUUUUUGAUCGGCCUGCAUUCAGUCGUCGACUCAUGCCUGCUUUCAAGAAAGUUGAAUCCUUGCGUACUUUUCUUGAUUUUUGUCAUAUUAGCUCGGGGCCAUCAAAUCAUUAUCUUCGAGCAUUAUGCUUAAGACCUAUUCCUUAUUUUUCCCCAUACAAGGAUUUAGCAAACAAGGAUUUAGCACAUUUGAGAUACUUGAGUUUGUCUUUUUGUUUCGAAAAAGCAUGCUUAAAUAGCAUAAUUUGUCAGAUGCCGAAAUUGCAAAUAUUGAAACUGAACUCUUGUACCGAAGUUGAGCUACCCAAAAACUUGACACAAUUACAGGAUUUAAGACAUGUUUUGAUUGAUGAUUGCGCUUCAAUAGCAGAAAUGCCUCCCAAUAUUAGCAAGUUAAGGCAUCUAAGAACACUUGGCAUUUUCGUUGUGGGUUCAAAGCCAGGGUGUGGGUUAGGGGAGCUGCAGAGUUUAAAGUUGGGUGGCACACUGAGAAUCAAAGGCCUUGAGAACGUCUCCAGUGAAUGGGAUGCUAAACAAGCAAAUUUGAUUGGUAAAAACUUGAAUAUGCUAUGGUUGUCAUGGGAUGGUAGAAGUAGUUCAGAAGGUAGUAAUGUUAGUGUGGAGAGAGUACUGGAAGCCCUAGAACCUCCCUCGACUCUGAAGAGUUUUCAGAUGAAUGGAUAUGAGGGAAGACACUUAUCGAGUUGGAUGAGAAGUUUGGUAGCUCUGAGAGACUUGGUGGAAGUUAAGGUCUUGGAAUGUGACAACGUUGAGGAGCUUCCUCCACUUGGUAAACUAGCACAAUUGAAAAGGCUAGAGGUGAGUGGAAUGAAAAAUGUGAAGUGCAUAGAUGGUGAGACGUAUGAGGGCGUGGAGGAGAAGGCAUUUCCAUCGUUGGAGGAAUUGAUUCUGAAGAAUUUACCAAAUUUGGAGAGGUUGUUGAGGGAUGAAGGAGUAGAGAUGCUCCCUCGUCUUUCCCAAUUAACAAUUAAAAAGGUCUCCAACUUUAAAUUCCCACGUCUUCCUUCUGUUGAGAAACUUGAUGUUGAAAGCAUUGACGAUGUGGAAGGGGUUGUGGGGAAUACGCCUUGUCUAAAGACCCUGAAGAUUUCAUCAAUUAAAGGAGUAAAGACACUACCUGACCAACUCGGCACGCUGGAUGCAUUAGAGGUCCUUGAGAUUGAAUUUUGGUAUGAUUUGGAGUAUUUUCCAGAACAUGUGUUGGAAGGUCUAACUUCUCUUCGAACUUUGGAGAUUCGUCACUGUGAGAAAUUAAAAUCCUUGUCUGAAGGUGUUCGACAUUUGGCAUGUCUUGAGAGUUUGACGAUCAGAGAAUGUCCAGAGUUGAUGGUUCUACCAAGCAAUAUGAGCCAACUAACCGCCCUUCGAGUCGUGGCAAUCGAGUAUUGCUCGACAUUACCAGAUGGCUUACAACGUGUCCCCUCCCUACGUUCUUUGUAUAUAUCCGAGUACAAGUCUACUUCAUUGCCGGACUGGCUGGGAGAUAUAUCUACUCUUGAAGAAUUAAUCUUUAAUUACUGUAGGGAGUUGAGGUCACUGCCGAGUAGCAUUCAACGCCUCACCAACUUGUCUCGUUUAAUCAUAGGCGGAUGUCCUCAUCUGCAGAAGCGGUGCAAGAGGGAAACAGGAGAGGAUUGGCAAUACAUAAACCACAUUCCAAAUAUAAAACUAUAUGGAUUUUAAUGAAGUUCUUGUUGUUGCUGAUAUGGAUUGCAUGCGUGAUGCUAUGAAUAAGCUUAGCAUUGAUUCUAAUAAGAUCAAUCCUCUGGUAUGCAUCAUUCUUUUAAUUUUUCUGUGCUUUUCUUCUCUAUGUAGUCACUGGUGGUACUUUCCAAAGAGAUUUCAAAUUUUGUAUCUGCUUUUGCGUUGUAUGUUCCUCAAAUUGAUAUAAAAAAAUUAUUUUGAAUUUGCUUAA